GUUUGAGGCGGUAUGUUCAGUGCGGGCUUCCGUAGUCGUUGUAGUGGAAGUAUGGCCGGCUGGAUGUGGCUUCGUUGUGUUUUAGGGCCUCAUUUGCAACGAAUUCAUCGUUCACCGGAUCAUUCUCAACCCGAGGGUAGAGCGGGGAGAAGGGGAUGGACCUACCAGCCCGGGAGUCUAGAGAAACACGCUGACAGCAUCCUCGGCUGGGCUUCAGUGCUUUGGUCAUUGUCGUACUACAGCUCCCCUCUUCUCCUCUGUUAUCUCUACAGAAAAGGCUACAUCUGCAGCAGUAAAUUGGUUCCAGUUAGUCAGUAUGUGGGAACCGUGCUGGUGUGUCUCCUAGGAGUGGCCUGUCUUAGAGGCUGGGGGAGAUGGAAGAAUUCUGAGUACCUUCAGUUCCUGACUGUUCUUGAGGAGACCAAGAACAAUCACACACAGGCAAACAAGAAAAAACUGCGAUGCUAUGACUUUGACUUCUCACACUGGCCUGCAGAUUUCAGCUGGACAGAGGUCAAUAAUCCGAAACUGUCCAAGGCUGGUGUUUCUCUGCUGAAACCAGAGCCCAGACUAAGAGGAGCAGCAGACGGUGUCCUCAACUCUGUGCGCACACUGCCAUGUCACAUCAUCAGUUUUCUUAUCGCCCACUCAUUUGGGAGAAGGAUGCUUUAUCCUGGCUCAGUGGGUCUACUGCAGAAAGCCAUGAGGCAAAUGCUCCAGCAAGGCCAGGCUAAGUUAAUAGAAGAGUUUGACGGCCAAAGGAACAAGCUCAUCGCCUGCGAUGGCAACGAAAUAGACACCAUGUUUGUGGAUCGAAGAAGAGAUGGAGGACGCAAAGGCAAGACUCUGGUCAUCUGCUGUGAGGGAAACGCUGGCUUCUAUGAGGUGGGCUGCAUGAACACUCCACUCGAGGGUGGCUACUCUGUACUGGGCUGGAACCACCCUGGCUUCGGAGGUAGCACGGGUGUACCGUUCCCCCAGAAUGAGGCCAAUGCCAUGGAUGUAGUGAUCCAGUUUGCAAUACACAAGCUGGGCUUCCAGCUCAACGACAUUGUUGUGUAUGCCUGGUCCAUAGGAGGAUUCACAGCUAGUUGGGCAGCGAUGUCGUACCCAGAGAUCCAGUCAUUAGUGUUGGACGCGUCCUUUGACGACCUCCUGCCUCUGGCCCUCAAGGUCAUGCCCGACAGCUGGAGGCCACUGGUACAGCACACAGUUAGGCAAUACAUGAACCUCAACAACGCAGAGCAGCUUAUUAAAUACCAGGGACCAGUUCUGCUGAUCAGGAGAACCAGAGAUGAGAUCAUCACCACAACGGGACCAGAGGAUAUCAUGUCUAACAGAGGCAACAACCUUCUGCUCAAGCUGCUGCAAUUCAGGUAUCCCAAAAUAAUGACAGAUGAAGGGGUCAGAGUUGUCAGGCAAUGGCUGGGAGCCUCUGAUCACUUAGAAGAAGCAUCUGUGUACAGUGGCUAUGAAGUGGAUGAUGACUGGUGUGUGUCUGUGCUGCAAUCAUAUCAGGCCGACAGAGAUGUUUUGUUUCCAUGGAGUGUUGGGGAAGAUAUGACACUGGAGGGAAGGCGGCAGCUGGCUCUUUUCUUGGCGCGGAAGUACAUGCGAAACUUUGAAACAACGCACUGCACUGCUCUUCCUGCCUCCGAGUUCCACUCACCAUGGAGACUGUAAAGGCAGAUGAAUGGAUGCGAGGGGAAGAGCAACAGCAGAUCCGGGCGGCCUGUGGUCAGAACGUUUUCCUGGCGUGGUUUAUUUUGUCGUGUACAGUGUUGCUGUUGUAGCACCUGGAUGAUGUAGUAGACUGUCACACACCAACCUGAGAACCUGUAAAAUACGGCCCCUUCUUUCCUUUCUAAGGUUAGCAUUUAGUCUGUUCAGUGUUUGUCUCUAAGCAUUGGAAAGGAUUCUGCAUUUUAAGUUAAUUUACAAGCCAUCGCCCACUCCUUACAUUGUUCCCUCUUUGGCUGUAUAAGAGCACCUGCAUUUGAAAAUGCAUCAUUAUAUUUCAAUCAAUAUGUUCUUGAGGUCAUAACCUUUUAAAAAAGAUGCGGCCAAAGUCGAGGCGUUUCAUUUACCUCUGUGGACAAUGUCCUUACGAACAAAGCUGUGUCCUAUAACGAUGCUCUUAAAUAUUCAAUUAAAUAUACUUGGAACUAUUUAACAGGAGUGAAUGAAUUUGUCAUUACUUGACAGGUGUUACACAAGAGUUGAGAUUAAUAAACAAUGAGAAAAAUACA